UCACAGAGGGCAGCAGCCUGAGCACAUGUGACUUUUCCAGAUCUCCGAGGGGCAAAGGACCAGAUUUCUCGGGCGGGGGGGGGGGGCUUAAAAGACCUGACGUGAACCAUAGAUGUUAAUUUGCAGCCUGCCAGGCCUGAAGGGGGAUGGGGGAGGUGGCUGAAGGGGCUUUAGCUUUAGGACAUUUCACACUCUCACUUUCCCCCGCCCCCUUUCCCUGCAAACAGAUGCUCGAGCCCAGGCUGUGGUCCGCGCUGCUGCAGCCCGAGCCCGUAUCCAGGGCACAGGAAAUGGCUGGUUCAGCUGAGCGCGGUUGUAUCCGGUGCUGGCAGAGGCGAGAGUUUACGGCUCCCAGAUGCUGCCACAAUCCCAGCGAGAGCAGCAGCGCGCGGCUCCUGACUGGUCAGUGAUCGCAGCUGCUAGAAAAAACUGCGGCUGCUGCCGCCUCCAUUGUGAGCCGGAGCCGAGCCGCUGCUGCUGCUGCCCAGUGGGUCUGUGCGGGGAGAGACCUGCACUGACCCCCUCGGUGCCCAGCCGGGGGGGCUCUCUCCGGGGGCUCUGCCGACACCAGCCCCUGAGCCGGAGCCUGCAGCUUGGGUAAGAGCUUUCCCCAGAGACGAGGUUGCCGGGACCCUGCUAUCUCUGUAGCUGGACAAGCUCAGACAGAGAAAAAGAAAGCAGAUUUUUCCAGUUUCCCAAACUUAAUGUGAUUUCCCAGCCAGAACCAGAGGCAGAGCCGUGAAUCCCAAAUCUCUGGGGCUUUGAGGAAAGGGCGAUUCUUAAAACAUGAACACAGCAGGUGAUGGGACGGUGGGUGAGAACCAGGAAGAGAAUCCACAGCAGGAAGGUCCUGAGCAAGUGGAACCAUGUGGGAGAGUAUCAGGAAGAUCCAAAGGGGAUGUUUCCUUGAGUCCUGAGCAAGAAGAAGGCCGUGAGACUCAGCGCAGGUCAGAGAGGCAGAAGAACAACCAGCAAAGGAAGAGACAGGAUGAAUCCACUUGCCAAGGGAGAAGUUUGGAGGAUCCUAGUGAAAUCAUGGUCCAACCACGAGUCCAUAUGAAAGAGAAACUGUAUAACUGCCCAGAGUGUGGGAAAAGCUUUGCUCAGAUAUCAAACCUCCUGGUUCAUCAGAGAAUCCACACCAGGGAGAGACCCUAUAAAUGCCCUGACUGUGGGGAAAGCUUCACACUGAACUCAGACAUUAUUUCCCAUCGCUCAGUCCACACAGGAGACAGGCCCUAUAGCUGCCUUGAGUGUGGAAAAUGUUUUGCUAACUUCUCAUCCCUUAUUUCACAUAGACGAAUCCACACAGGGGAGAGACCCUAUACGUGUCCCGACUGCGGGAAGAGCUUCAAGCGGAGCUCAGACCUUAGUAAACAUCGAAGACUCCACACAGGAGAGACGCCCUAUAAAUGCCCUGAGUGCGGGAAAAGCUUCACUCAGAGCUCAAACCUGGUUUCACACCAGAGAAUCCACACAGGAGAGACACCCUAUAAAUGCCCCGAAUGCGGAAAAAGCUUCAAACAAAGAUUCAGCCUCAUCGUACAUCAGAGAAUCCACAUCGGAGAGAGAUCCUAUAAAUGCCCCGACUGUGGGAAAAGGUUUAGUAACAGCUCCCAACUUAUUAGACAUCGACGAAUCCACACAGGAGAGAAGCCGUAUAACUGCUCUGAAUGUGGGAAAAGCUUCAGUCAGAGCUGGGGAGUCCUUAGACAUCAGAGAAUCCAUUCAGCAGAGACACCCUAUAAAUGUUCUGUCUGUGGGAAAAGCUACAAGGGGAAGGAUUCGCUGAAGUCCCACCAGAAAGUGCACACAGCAUAGAAGGUUUUGGGAACUCUCCCUCUGAGGCAAUGGGUCUCUGCCCUCUGGAGGCAUGUUUCAUCCGAGGAUGGUCUGGGUAGAGGAAGCAGGCUGGUGGCUGGUCUGGGUUGCGGGGACGCGGUGAGGGGCAGGGGAGGAGGAAACACUGGGUACUUGGUCUGGGGGGAGCAGGUGAUGGUAUCAGUGGGGAGACAUUUCUGUGGCUUUCACACACACAUUUUCCAGGCAAAAAUCCUCCUGUAGUUUGAGUCUGAGUUGCCCCUGCAGCUCCUAAGGCCCCUCGGGGUGAGGGCAGGGGGACGUUUUUGAAGGGAGCAGCGAGAGGCCCUGCAGGACUGUAGUUUAUAGAAUCGUAGAACUGGAACGGACCUCGAGAAAUCAUCUAGUCCAGCCCACUGCACUCAUGUCAGGACCAAGUAGACCAUCCCUGACAGGUGUCUGGAGAUUUUUGAGAGCAGGUUAGACAAUGAUGGAGAUUCCACAGCCUCCCUAGGCAAUUUAUUCCAGUGCAUAACCACCCUGACAGGAAGUUUUUCCUAAUGUCCAACCUAAAUCGCCCUUGCUACAAUUUAAGCCCAUUUCUUCUUGUCCUGUCCUCAGAGGUUAAGAAGAACAAAUUUUCUCCCUCCUUGUAACAACCUUCUAAGUACUUGGAGACUGUUCUCAUGUCCCCUCUGUCUUCUCUUUUCCAGACUAAACAAACCCAAUUUUUUUCAAUCUGCCCUUAUUGUUUUCUAGACCUUUAAUCAUUUUUGUUGCUCUUCUCUGGACUUUCUCCAGUUUGUCCACAUCUUUCCUGAAAUGUGGCAUACAGAGCUGGGCACAAUACUCCACGCUGAUUAGGCCUCAGCUGGAGUAGAGUGGAAGAAUUACUUCUCAUGUCUUGCUUAUAACUGCUUACUUACAAUUAGUUAUAAAACAGCAAGAGCUGCCGAUCUGAAGCGACAGAAUGUCAGAGUGAUGUUCAAUUUAUUUGAUGUCUCUGCAGCUGCAGGGAGGCAGGGGACGGAGAUCGGAAAACUCAUAGGAAUACAUUCCCCUGAAAGGAUUCUGCUGUUCCAGUGUGGGCAGAACAGCAUAAUAGAUCAGGGGCUAUCGGUUCUCUGGACUCCUGGGAUCUAGUCUCAAAUCUGAGUGGAGUGAGGGUAGAGAGCCUGGCAGUCAGGGCUCCUGGGUUCAAAACCCAAUUCUGCUGGUGUCCCCUUGUGCGAUCAUGGUUCAGUCACUUCCUUUCCUCUCUGUGGGUCCAUUCCUUCCAUCUCUACAAUGGGGAUGAUAGCCGAUGCCCACCUUUGUGAGGGGUCGCUGAUCAUGGGGUGCUCAGUGGCUCAGGAGGACAGAGGUGCCAAGAGAGGGAAAAUGUCAUUAUUAUUAUUACUGUAUUGUGUUAUUCUCUGACACUCUCCUGUCCCUUUCCAGUUCUCUCUGUUGAGGGAUGGUUUUCCUGAGUUAGCUAGAGUCCCUUGUCCAUGUUUUCAGGCAGAGGAUUAUGCCUGAAAUAGCUUCCCGGGAAGGGAUUCUCCCCUCCUCUGUGGACAGAGGGUCAGGGAGAUGGGCUGUCAUGGGUCUGUUUCAAGUUUCAGGGAGUCUUUAUCUCUUUGACAUUUUUACUUCAGUAGGUUUCUUUUUUGCCCAAAUAAAUGUCUAACAAAGCAUUCCUGGUCUGUCCUGGUCCCCCAGGAAUUUCCUUAAAUUUUGGGUUCUAGGGCCAGGGGAAAAGUUCCCCAGACCUGUUCAGUUUCCUUCCUGAGGAGGAAUUGCUUACUCCCCAGCACUUCUGCUGACGUCUCUUGUGAGGGUUAAAGGUUUAAUUUCAGGAGAGGGCCAUGCAGCUCUCAGAGAACUCGGCUAAUUUACCUUUUUCGUGUUUCUGGACCACAUUGCAAUUUGAAAAAAACAAGCGAGUGCUGUGUACUUUGCAUGGGUUUUAUUAGAAAAUAUAAUCAAGCAAAUAUGUAGAUUAAACCUAUAACAGGCUAAAACUACUAUAACUUCACUCAGCUCAGAUGGAGUUAAUCAUGGUAUUGUUUCAAAUUUACAACUGAGAUUGAGUCAAUACAUCACUGGAUUAACAAUGCUGGGGUUUUCUGUAACCAAUUUCAAAUCGAAUGAAUACCACAGGUACUCAAAUCCUGAGGCUAACGAAAGAAAGAAUUGCUUUUUAUUAGUCCUGCAGCAGGAGACCGAAGGAGGUGGCUUUAAUCUAACACUGUCCAUGACAGAUGCAAGGCCUUGGAAGCAUGGAAACGUAAAAAACUAUUGUAAUAUGUGCAAUCAGCAUUUUGUAUCUGUAAAUGUUGUAUGUACCUUUGGGAAGUAGGGAUUAUAAGAUUGCCCCAUGGGGGAGUGGAGGGGGGGAUGGAUAACACAGCUUCUCCAGGAACUAAAUCUAGUGGUGGUUGAUUACUGAAGAUCCCAGGGCAAGUAAACAGCCCAAGAGCAGCACCACCCCCUGGGAUGAAUUGCAUAGACUGGCUCUGACCAGGUUCAGGAGGCCCAUGAGUCAAUGGCUUGGUCUACACUACGUGUUUAAACCGAUUUUACCAGCGUUAAACCGAUUUAACACUGUACCCAUCCACACUAUGAGGCCCUUUAUAUUGAUAUAAAGGGCUCUUUAAAUCGGUUUCUGUACUCCUCCCCGACGAGAGGAGUAGCGCUAAAAUCGGUAUUACCAUAUUGGAUUAGGGUUAGUGUGGCCGCAAAUCGACGGUAUUGGCCUCCGGGCGGUAUCCCACAAUGCACCACGGUGACCGCUCUGGACAGCAAUCUGAACUUGGAUGCAGUGGCCAGGUAAACAGGAAAAGCCCUGCGAAAUUUUGAUUUUCAUUUCCUGUUUGCCCAGCGUGGAGCUCUGAUCAGCACGGGUGGCAAUGCAGUCCCAAAUCCAAAAAGAGCUCCAACAUGGACUGUACUGGAGAUACUGAAUCUGAUUGCUGUAUGGGGAGACAAAUCUGUUCUAUCAGAGCUCCGUUACAGGAGACAUAAUGCCAAAGCGUUUGAAAAAAAAAUCUACAGGCUACACAGUACUGCGUGACAAGUGUAACGGGAAGCCAGAGACUCAAAUGGACGCUCAUGGAGGGAGGGAGGGGGUACUGAGGACUCCAACUAUCCCACAGUCCCCAGCAGUCUCCGAAAAGUAUUUGCAUUCUUGGCUGAGCUCCCAAUGCCUGUAGGUUCAAACACAUUGUUCAGCAUGGUUCAGGGAAUAGAUGGUCAAUUUACUCCCCCACACACACGUGAAAGAAAAGGGAAAGAAAUCGUUUCUUUACUUCUUUCA